GGUUCAGUUCUCUCCGGUCUUGCAGGCAAGAUUGUCGAUAAGAUCCGAAAGGCCGUGACUGGACGCUUCGCCACAGGACAGUCCGACUCCUGGAAAAACAUAGCUAGGAGGUCGGUAGUGUUGUCAAUGAUAAAUGUCGAGUUUAUUCCAUAUCUCCUCCACACCUACGAUAUUUCUGCUGUAGUAAAGAAUGCCGAGAAUCUACUCGGAAUCGUGGUUACGGAAAUAGCAUACUGUUCAGAGGUUCUCGGUGUCGAUAUCGUAGCUUGGUGCACUGACUGCGGCGGUGAGGCUCUCAAAAUGCGGCGCCUCCUUCGAGAACGGUUCCCGUGGAUAGUCACCGUGGAAUGUUGGGCGCAUCAGAUUAAUUUGAUUGUUGGCGACUAUUUCAAACUGAACGUGCCGUACGUCAAAGUCAUGGACAAGGCGAUCGAAGUUGUCAAAUGGUUCAAUAACCACAGUCGUGCGCUCGGAUUACUCAAGGAGGAACAGGCUCGGUCUCUGAUGGGGAAGGUCCUAAGCCUUAUCUUACCUGUCAUCACCCGAUGGACUUCACACUACCUGUCCUGUUCCCGCCUUCUUGAACUUGAGAAGCCAAUGCGACGCCUAGUGGUGGACUCUUUUGAGGUCUUACGACUCUGUGCCGGGAACAAGCCUGACCUCGUUCGGAAAGCCGAGGAAGUUCUCAGUACGAUUGCAUCACCCUCUUUUUGGCAGGAUCUCCGAGUUGUCCAGCGCCAUCUCGAGCCCUUCGCUAUCGCGGCUAACGUGACGCAGGCGAACAACGCCCGCCUCGAUGUUGUCCUUAUGACGCUCGCAAAUCUAUACCGUGUGUUUUCAGACCCUACGGAACGGGAAGUUUUCCUGCUCGCCCUUGUCCUGAACCCGUAUGUGCGGACCCGUUGCUUCAAUCGACGUAACCCCCUCGUCACCCCCGGAUCACUUUGGCAAAUGGUGCAAAGGCAAUUUCAUCGUAUGUUUGGCGAGGAUCCAGAUGCCGAAUUCGAAAUUACAUUCACUGAAUACAUCAAGAACAUCGGGGAAUUCUCAGAUGCAGCAAUGGAUCUCGAUGGAAAGAAGAAACGUGCUGCAAAAAUGAAAUCGGAUGUCAAUUUGGUCGCACUCUGGCGGCAAUUUGACACAGACGUGAAGAACGGCCGCAACGGCCUCGUCAAGCUGGCCAUGCGGAUACUCAGUAUCGUACCGAAUUCUGCAGCCACUGAACGCUCUUUCAGUGACUUCGGCGCAGUGCAAACGAAACAACGAAAUCGCCUGGGUAUCGAAAAGGCGCGCCAGUCCGUAUUAGUGAAAGUG